CCAACAUCGGUUUUAAAGUUUGACUCCUUCAUCCAAUUGCUCCGCAUCAUCGGCACCGUUUGCGGCGCAGUGAACUACGAUGAGCAACAUCUGGCCAAACCAUCUCGUUGGAUCAAAUUCAAACGGAUGUUCUUCUGGUUCACCUACGUCCAUGACCUACUGUGCAUUGCGCUGGAAAUCGCCUACUUUGUUGAGGCAGUCCAAAGAGAUGCAACUUUGGCUCAUCUGAUGGUGCUGGUAGUGUGUAUUGGAUUUUUGACCUACACGAUCAUCAAACUGACCAUGCACAAGCUGCAUGAAGUCGAGCUGAACGAGAUUUUGAUCCAGUUGAAGAAUCUUUACCCCGAAACACUGGAUACCAAACCAGCCGAAGAGUAUCGCAAACAUAUCUGGUUCCUGAAGCUGUUUUCAGUGCUCUACAUUGUGGUUCUGGUCGUAUUUAACGUCAUUUUCUAUGCCCCGUCCAUCACCGUUUUGAUUAAAACUGGUCACUGGGAAAAGAUUUUGCCGUUUUAUCUAAAAUAUUGGUACGACUGGCGCAAACCGGUCGUGUUCGAGUUGACCUUUCUGCACCAGAUUUGGGUGUCCUCUUCGGCCGUUACCGGAGUCCUGCUGGCGGACACACUGUACUGUACGAUCAUUCUGCUGAUUUCAAUGCAAUUUGAGCUGCUUGGCAAGCGGUUGGAGGAAUCCGAGCUGGACGAGCCAGAGCUGGUCAAGUGCGUUGAAAAGCACCUGCUUCUGAUCGAUGUCUGUGCACGAUUUGAGCGAAUUUAUUCCCCGUCCUUGCUGGUGACCUUUGUGGGAAGCUCCGGCGUCAUCUGUUGCUGUUUGUUUCUGACCUUAGCGGGAGAAAACAUGGGUGAAGCGGUGCGAUUCUCGGUACUGCUAUUCGUGUACAUCAUGAACAUUUUCCUACUUUGCUACUAUGGGAGUGUGCUGAUGGAAAAGAGUUCAAACAUAGCUCACCACGUGUACCAAAGUCAGUGGUACAACAACUGCAAAAAGGAUCAGAAAACAUUUCUUAUGAUACUGAUCCGAGGACAACAGGAAGAGAAAAUGACUGCGCUCAAAUUUACAACCGUGUCGUUGCCCUGUUUCUCCGGAAUUCUCAGCACAGCAUUUUCCUACUUUACACUGUUGAAGGCGGUUUAUGAAGGAUCGUCAGCGCACAAAACAUUCGAUACCAACAUGAACGACUUGGUGCGGUUCGAGUCGUUCAUCCGAGUGCCGGAGAUCUUCUACGGCAUGAUCGGGAUUACGCGGUACGGUGAACCCCGCAACACGACCAAAGCCCGGCUGAAGCAGCUGUUCUUUUGGAGUUCGUACGCGAAUACCAUUUUCUGUCUGAUCAUCGAGCACAUUUACUUCUUUCGAGCGGCUGGCAAUUUCACCAACUUUCUGGAGUUAACUGCGUUGGCACCGUGCAUCGGGUUCACCGCGCUGUCCAUCGUCAAGAUCAUGACCAUCAAGCUGAACGAGGCCAAGUUGAAUGGGAUCCUGGACCGGUUGAAGGAGCUCUUCCCGGUGACCCACCUGGAGCAGACACGCUACCGGACGCAUCAGUACAACCUCGAGUCCCAAAUGGUCAUGAAAUCGUUUUCGAUUUUGUACAUGAUUCUGAUCUGGAUCUUCAACCUGUUGCCACUGGUGUCGAUGUUGGUGAACUACCUGAUGAGUGGGGUUCUGGUUCGAGAGCUGCCCUACUUUAUGUGGUACUGGUACGACUGGCACCGGGAAGGGCUCUACGAGAUCACCUUCUUCCACCAAAAUUGGGGCGCGUUCGAUUCGGCCGUGUUCAACCUCUGUACGGAUCUGAUGUUCUGCGCAGUGAUUUUGCUGAUGUGCUUGCAAUUUGAUAUAAUAGCGGUCCGACUGCGAGCCGCCAAGGACGACCCGCAAGAAUUGAUCAGCUGCGUCCAGCUUCACCAGACGGUGCUCGAACUGGGAGAUCAGCUGGAGAGCAUCUUCUCGCCGUCGAUUUUGGUGAACUUUCUGGGCAGCUCCGUGAUCAUCUGUCUGGUGGGAUUUCAAGCCACGUCUCAGAUCAGCGCGUUCGAUCUGUUCAAAUUUGUGCUGUUUUUGAUCUCGUCGCUGGUGCAAGUGUUUCUCCUCUGCUAUUACGGAAAUAAAUUAAUUGAAGCUAGCUCCCAAAUACCGUACGCGGCGUUCCAGGGAGAAUGGUACCUGGCGGAUGUGCGCUAUAGAAAGUCGUUGCUUUUCCUGAUGGCCCGGGCAGGAAAGUGGCAGAAACUUACCGCCAUGAAAUUUUCCGUGGUCUCGCUGGCGAGCUUCACAGGGAUUUUGAGCACGGCAUUCUCAUAUUUUACACUGCUGAAAACUAUUUAUGAUCCCAGCGAUAGCAAAUGA